AAAUUAAUAAUAUACACCUGCGUUCUGCUCUUGACGAUAGUUAUGAACCAGUGUCUCACCGUCUCACUCGGAGAUUUUAUAUUACCUUACUAGAUGCUGUCAAUAUAAUUGCACAUUGCACAUGGGAAUGGUGGGAAUCUUCGUAUAGGCACUAG